AUGUUCAUCUAUAUCAAGCAUGCAGAUAAUGAACAGUUUCUGGUCAAUAUCAAUUGCACUAUUCUCCAGUUACUGCUGUACACCAGGAAAAAAGUGGGGUUAACCAAAACAGACAUCAUUGAUUUGUGUGAAGAAACUGGAACCAUGAAGUUGUUUUUCCUGAUGAAGACCCCAGGAGAAUACGCCACCAAAUUCCUAACACCUCGAAACACUUACUUUGUUUGUAAAAUUGAGCGUGGAGCACCAGGGACCAGACUUGCUUACUCCUACAGAGCUUUUGUGCCUCUUCUGAAGAACCCAGAACCUGAGCUGUUAGACUCCUUGCGCGCGCAAUGUGAAAUCCUGGAAAGAAGCCGGGUGAAGAUGCUGAAAGUCCAAGAGGCCAAAAAGGUCACACCUAUGGGAUCCUCUUUGAAACGUCCAUCAAAACCAGGACGACCAGAUGAAGACGGGAGCACAAGAAGGGGCCCACUGUACAAAACCAGAGCAGACUUUUACCGGAGGGAUAGACAUCGCUGA